AUGUUAAAAGUGGAGGAAAUCGAGACGGUUCCUUAUGAGGGCCAACAGCCGGGUACCAGUGGUUUACGAAAGAAAGUUAAAGUUUUUCUUCAAAAGAAUUACGUAGAAAACUUUAUUCAGAGUAUUUUAAAUGUUAACGAGGAAUUGGAGGGAUGUACUCUGGUCGUGGGAGGAGAUGGAAGAUAUUUAGUCAAAGAAGUAGUUGAUACAAUUAUCAAGAUCUGUGCUGGUAAUGGUGUUGGUAAACUCAUUAUUGGACAGAAUGGUCUUCUCUCUACACCAGCAGUGUCCCAUCUCAUUAGGAAGAAUGAAACACUGGGUGGAAUUAUCCUAACGGCUUCUCACAACCCCGGUGGUGUAGACAAUGACUUUGGCAUCAAAUUUAACACAAGCAAUGGAGGGCCGGCUCCGGACGGUGUGACUAAUGAAAUUUACCGUCACAGCACCAUCAUUAAAUCAUAUAAGAUUGUGCCAAACAUUAAAUGUGAUAUAACAACUAUCGGAAUUACUAGAUUCAAGAUUGAAGAAAAAGAUUUCGUGGUAGAAGUUAUAGACUCGGUGAAGGACUACUUGGAUUAUAUGAAGGAGAUAUUCAACUUCCCACUAAUCAAGACACUGUUAGAAGGAUCCGAUGAUAAGAAGAAAUUCAAUAUACUCAUUGAUUCAAUGAACGGAGUGACUGGCCCUUAUGUUAAACGCAUCUUCGUCGACGAGCUCGGGGCAACAGAGAAUAAUCUCCGUAGAGUGGUUCCUAUGGAGGACUUCGGUGGUAUUCACCCGGACCCCAACCUUACGUAUGCUGAGGACCUGGUCAAAGAGGUCAGGAAAGGAGACUAUGACUUUGGAGCAGCUUUUGAUGGGGAUGGUGACCGCAACAUGAUCCUAGGCCGCGGCGCCAUGUUCGUGACCCCCGCAGACUCGCUGGCCAUCCUCGCGUCGUGGCUGCACGUGAUCCCUUACUUCCAGCGGACGGGUGUAAAGGGGUUCGCCCGCUCCAUGCCCACGGCCGCCGCUGUGGACCGCGUCGCUAAAGAUAUGGGCAAGGAAAUGUUUGAAGUACCCACAGGUUGGAAGUACUUCGGUAACUUGAUGGAUGCUGAUCGUCUGUCUCUCUGCGGUGAGGAGAGCUUCGGUACUGGCUCCGACCACAUAAGAGAGAAGGACGGCGUGUGGGCCGCGCUAGCCUGGCUUAAUGUGAUCGCUCACAGCGGACUUAGUGUUAAAGAACUACUCAUGAAGCACUGGAGGAAGUAUGGAAGGAACUACUUCGCCAGGCAUGACUUCGAGGAGUGUUCAUUAGACUCGUGCCGUCAGUUAAUGUCUGACCUGGAGCGUACAGUGACAGCGGAGGGUUUCGUGGGCUCUAAACAUUAUAUACAGGAUGUUGAGAACGCGGUCGUCGCUGCUGAUAACUUCUCCUACAUGGACCCUAUAGACCGCAGUGUGGCCUUGAAUCAGGGUAUUCGUCUGGUUUUCGAGAACGGCAGUCGUAUUAUAUACAGACUGAGCGGUACAGGCAGCCAGGGGGCCACGCUACGUGUAUAUCUAGAAGCUUACACUCCGUGUGAUGGAGACAUCCACAUGUCUACUGAGGAGCGGCUCGAAUCGUUGGUGACGCUGGCAAUGAGGUUCGGCAGAGUGAGGAAAUACACCGGCAGGGACAAACCUACAGUCAUCACGUAG